AUGUAUUUGAAAUCCAGUCUUGUCACGUACCAAUUACGAACGAGUUACCUGAACGACAUUGCCGACGGUGUUGGGGAGCGCCUCCUCACUCUCAAUGACAGCUUCCUGAACACGGCCGCCUUCAAGGCGGCGGGAUGGCGCUCCAACCCAGCGCAUAUCAAGAGGACUCACUCUCCACCAAUACCCACUGCCGUCGCGUCCGAAUAUUUCCAAGCCCCGCGGUCAGCAGGCCUGACCCUCGAGGAUGAGCACGAUGAAGGAGGGGCGCUUGGCGGAGGAGGUGGAGGCCUCGGCUCCGAUACCGUUGGCCCUUCCAUGGCAGCGGCCUCGAAGCGCCGGCGGAGACGCGAACAGAUGGGCGAGGAAGAUGAGGACAGUAGUGACCUGAGCGACGAGAGCGACGACGAGCCGGAGCAGCGCGCGGCGCAACAGAUCAAGUUCGCCAAAAUGCCCUUGAGGAACCGUUCCGGCUCCUCGCCUAUACAGUCAUCCAACCUACGACAGGUUUCUACGGUGUCUUCUACGACGUCCUCGCCGCAGAGGCCGGCCCCGCGGCGGGGCUCGCAGUCUGCGCUUGAGACCGUCAAGGAGCGAGCACGGAGGGACACCGUCACGAGUAGUGAGGUGUCGUCGGAGAACGAGUUCGACUCGUCGGGCUAUCAACGGCAGCGAGAGCAGGCCCGGGCUCAGGCCCGAGCAGCCAGGAUGCAGUCUCGGCUCAACUCUGACGCUUCCCUCACGGGUGUUAAACGCCAGGAGAGUGAUCUACUCGAGGAGGAGGAGGAAGACGACUCCGAUGCCUCCGAUAUCUCCUCCGCAUAUGUGGGCAGCAUUGAUUCUGCGUCCAUCCUCAAUGGUGCAGAUAACCCAUUGAACGCAUCGCCGAGGCAGCAAAUAGUCGGCACUCCACCGCGAGAGUUUACCAGAACGUCGACGAUACGCAAAUCACACGCACCUCCUCCCCAUCUUAUGCCAGUUCUCCCACCGCCGAGGCCUGUCAGCAUGGUGCGGCCGCUUAGCAUGAUACAGCCUAAGAGUCUGCUAUCUGAAGCGCUCAAAGCCAAGAAAACCAAACCGGCCAUCCCGUUUGACGGAUUCGCGUCUUUAUCGGGACAGGGCGACCCCAACCCAAUCAUGGUCAGAAUCUAUGCUAUAGGCUCAAAAAAUGCGUCCAAGCCUUAUGAGGUUGCGAUUCGCAGGACGGUUCAUGAAGGUCAAGCCGCAGACAGGGCUGUGACAGUCGCAGAUCUCAUAGGCCUCAGUCUCUGGAGAUACAACGAGGAGAAACGGGAGCCUCCUUUGCCGGCCGAUAAGCUCAACGUAAAUUGGUGGACCCUGAGGAUGGUAGAAGAGGGAGGCGAAGUGGAUGAUGACUUCCCGCCUCUUGAACGGAAGAAGCAGCUGAUCUCGUUCACGACCGCAAACAACAGAGCCGGGAGGAUGCGUUCAAACUCAAAAGUCUACGACGAGUUCGCCCUAGUGCAGGCAUCGCCAGACGAGUUUGCUGAGAAUCAAAAACUCACGCCGCAGUUCACCGAGGAGGCCCUGACCGAAGAACCCAAAGAGGAGGACGAGCUCACACCACGGAACACCCCGCAGCCCAACGUAUCGGUGCUCACCCCUUCAAGUCGCCCCAGGCAGAACCCCAUUAUCACUACUACCUACCGGCAUAACUCAAACUUGUUAGCAGACAUGCCUCCGGCUCCCGUCACCGUAGCGAAUACCACCCGAGGCAAGAAGAAGCUGCUCCGCAUCCACAUCCACUCCAUCGAUGCUGCACCGGGUCAGAUGGUCACCCUCGAUGUCACAACGGACACGUACCUGGAAGAAGUCCUCGACCUCGUCUGCAAAAAGCGCCAACUCGACAAGGCCGCCCACGUGCUGAAGCUGCCCGGGUCAGGCGCCGUCGUCCUGAUCGACAGGGAGGUCUCCUCGAUCGGCAACGUGAGCGACCUCGAGCUGCACCGCCGGCGCUUCGCCACCGACGGCCCGUCCACGAUGACGGGCGGCUCGCCCAGCAGCGCGUCGCCCAAGGUCUACUCGUACCCGGACUCGGGCAGCGGCAGCGCCCCGCCGGCGGCGCUGCGCAGCAAGGGCAGGCUCAGGACGACGACGGCGGCCAUGCUCGGCGCGCACCCGCUCGCCACCGAGGCGCUCAAGCAGGACGAGCUCGUCAACUCCAACUACAAAAAGUACACCGUCUGGCGCAAGCAGCCCAUGCGCUUCGCCAACCUCAACGAGCGCCUCCUGACCAUCGACGGCGAGUACAUCCACAUCGUGCCCUCCUCGGGCGGCAGGGCCAUGCUCGAGGGCGGCGGCAAGACGACGACGGUCCACUUUAGCAAUGUCGUGGGAUGUAAGGUGUCCCGGCGGCACCCGACUCAUUUCAAGCUCCUUGUGUUUAAGGCAACAGAGAGUAAGCGAUAUGAUUUCGAGGCCAAGAGUGCGAGCGAGGCGGCGGAGAUCGUGCAAGAGCUCAAGAAGGGCAUUUCUCCGUACCGUGAUGUCUGA